CCUCGGCCCGUCCGUUGUUCAAAGUUGUUCCCAUCUCAAUCACCUCGUCCGUCAAUGAUGAGCCUCUUCAAAUCAACGUCUUCGCUCGCGGCGAGGACGACGACAGCUUUGCGACUCAACGCCGCCGGAUCAUCAUCGAUUACCGCCAACGCAACUCUCAGCGCCCGCGCCUUUUCCUCCUCCUCUGCCCCUUGCUCAUCCUGGGGAGGCGGCAAGCUCAAAACGCAUCAAGGCGCCGCAAAACGCUUUCGUCCCCUCUCCAAGCGUCGGCCACGCUACGACAGCAACCCAGCCAGCAUCAUAGCCCAGCUUGCCUCCUACUCGGCGCAGAAUGGCGGCACGAUGUCCUCGAUCGACUACGCUCUCGCGGCUGAGCAGAUGGGGUCGCAAGGACGCGGUGAGAUGCGACCUGGGCCCUUGUUCAAGAGGGGAAAAGCAGGGAAGAGACAUUUGAACUUGCAGGUGAAUGGGAGUAGGUUGAACUCGCUGGGUGGGACGGCUGUUGCGGGAAGGGGGAGGACAGGAUGGCAUUUGCGCAAGCUACUCGCGCCCAUUGUGUAGGCUUGCGCCCAGUGUGUAGGCUGGCAGCGACUCACGAUUGAGCAACCCUGGAGGCGGUACUCGACACAUCAUAUUGGGGUGGUUGCGACGGUGCGAUUGACAUCAGUCUCCGCGCUCAUCAAAAGCGCUACUGUUCUGCCAUUGCUCGCUCCCAGUGCUUCAAUGGCACCAAAUUCGCAGAGGCUCUACAAGGUCAGCGCCGAUAUCACCCUUUGUACUAUAGCCAUCAAUGACAAGAUCGCAUUCAUCCCACUCCUCACACUGUGUAUCAUGCUGUGAUAGCCACCGUCCGGUCCAUCGCCGGCUCGCUCCGAGUCUGAUCCGCAGCUGGGCUUCCCUUCACACUCAGCAACCACGGC